CUUCGGCCUCUGCCAAUAUCUAAUUUGCUAUUCCAACAAAAAAGACGAACAUACCUCAAAAUGUCAACACCUCAAACAGUAAAAACGCGUAUCUUAAUUAUCAGCGACACACAUUCUACACCUCUCGCACCUGCCUCAUCUUCUCAACCCUUCCGUCAACCUCUUCCCUCAGCGGAUGUCUUGAUCCACUGUGGCGACCUCACCAUGAUAGGUCUGCCAUCAGAGUACCACAAAACUCUCGACAUGCUUGCUUCCAUCGAUGCACCGGUCAAAUUGAUCAUCGCCGGUAACCAUGAUAGAACGUUAGACAAGACAUGGAUGAAGAAUCAUGAGAGAAAGUUCAAAGGCAGAAAGUGGGAGGAGAUGUAUGAGGAAGCUCGAGAGAUGUGGUUUGGAGAGGAAGGUCGAGCAAGGAAGGAGGGAGUGCGUAUGUUGGAGGAAGGAGUUCAUGACGUCGAGCUGGGUAAUGGAGCGGUGUUGAAGCUCUAUACAUCUCCCUAUCAACCGGAAUUCUACGACUGGGCUUUCCCGUACGAAAAAUACGAGGACCGCUACAAUCCUGCAUCUGAGACGCUUUCUGAUGCCACAAACAUCGCCGUCAACCCAAUACCCUCCUUCUCAGACCAGAAACUGGAUAUAGUCUGCACUCAUGGACCCCCAUACAUGCGUGGAGAUAUCACUGCACAUGGCAGUGUAGGAUGCCCACAUCUACUUAAAGCAGUGGGUAGGGCAAAACCAUUAGUGCACUGUUUUGGACAUAUCCAUGAGGGGUGGGGUGCGGAGACCGUGACUUGGAAUGAUGUCGCAGUGGCCGAGAAGGAGACUAUGGUACAAUUCAAGAAACAAGGGUGGGAAAAGCACAUCAAAGAGGUUGACAGAGUUGACAUCACAGGAGAAGACAUAAAGAAGCAGAGAGCUGUGUUUGUAGAUGGGACGGGAAUCAAGAGGGGAGAGCAGACGGUCCUGAUCAAUGCAGCGAUCAUGGAUGUUGGGUACAGUCCAGUCAACGCGCCAUUCGUGGUGGACCUCGACCUGUCGAUCAAGGAGUAG